UCCAGUGCUGGGCACUCUGUUCCAGUGCUCGGUCACCCGCAGAGUACAGUUCCUCCUCAUUUUCUGGGAAUACUCCCUGUGYUUCAUUUUCCGCUCUUUGCCCCCUUGUUGAGCACCACCGAUAAGAGCCUGGAUCCAUCCUCUUAGCUCUCUUCCUUCAGAUACUUACAGACAAUGCUGAGGUUCCUUCGCAGCRGUCUCUUUCCAGCGGCGGUGUUGGGUUUUUAAGGCUGACUAAAAUAUUUUUAGAAACUCAGGUUCUCGGUGUCUCCCUGGAAAAGGGCUGAGGCAACAUAGCCCUGCACGCAGUCUCCAGAGCAGCUAAUUCGCAGCGCUGCUGGAGUAUUCAUGGAAUGAAACACCCAAACGCUCACACUUGAGAGCAUCCGGUCCGCAGCAAUGGUCUGCCUGCCUAGUGAAAGGAGCCGUGCGACGCUAAUGUAAAACAAAGACRGAACGUGACAGGAUAAAAUGCCARAKUUUUGUGGAGUGUUGCAAAUGSUCGUCCAGCUGGUUUGCCAAAACCUUCGGGAAAUCCAGUAAUGAAAGAUUACUUUCCCUACUGAAAAGGAACUGCAAUGGAAAGUGCAGUAUCAGUCAUUUUCCUUGUAUCAUUUUCCAUACUGCUGUGUGAAAGUUAUCACCAUGGAGUGGAGACAGCUACUGUUGUGCAUACAUCGGAGAGAGCUUCUCCAGAAAAGACAGUGGGUGUUAAUGCUGACUUGGCAGGACUAAUACAGAAAUUGCACCUUCAAGAACUUUUUAAUCGUUAUGGAGAAAACAACUCUCUGUCAAUUGAUGGCUUUAGAAAACUGCUCCAGAAUAUAGGUAUAGAUAAAAUGAAAAGGAUUAAAAGAAGCUAUGACCACGAUCAUGAUCAUGACCACAAUCAUGAUCAUGACCACAAUCAUGAUCAUCAUGACCACGACCAUGAUCAUCACUCUCAUCAUAACCAUGUUUCAGUAAAUAAAAAUUCUGAGAAGAGUGCCUGUCCAAACCAUGAAUCCGAUGCUGGCAAAGACCACAGGAACAGUCAUGCAAAGGAGCCCCACAAAGCCGAGAGUGUUGAACGCCAGCAGAACUUUGUGCGCAGCAAGAGCACAGUUCAUGAGAUCACAGCAUCUGUCAUCACCUCUUCCACAGGGAGCCACGCCGAGCUGCAGAAYGUGCAGCCUGGAGAAGUCAAGACAGUUGUCCGUGCAGGGCUGGCUGGCCCCGGUGCYGUUAAUGUCUCAGGGGGCCGCAAUGCCACCUGGCUCGCUGUCAGCAAGGCAAACGAAUCUCGUGCUGCUCCAAAGGAAUUGGAAAGAGGGAGUUACCUCUAUUCUAAACUGAAAAAACAAAAUACUCAAGAGUGCUCCAAUGCAUCCAGACUAAUGCAGUCACAUGGAAUAGGCACUCAGGUAUUGUUGACUGCUACAGAAUUUAGUUAUCUCUGUCCAGCUCUUAUUAAUCAGAUUGAUGGCAAAUACUGCAUAGUCCAUGCGACUAGUAAAAGAGCUGAAACUCCUCCAAAAGGUUACUCUCUGGAAAUAGCUUGGAUUGGUGGCUUUAUAUCCAUCUCUGUCAUCAGCUUUCUUUCCUUGUUGGGUGUUAUAUUGUUACCACUGAUGAAUCGAGUAUUUUUCAAAUUUCUUCUGAGUUUUCUUGUUGCAUUGGCUGUGGGGACCAUGAGUGGAGAUGCCUUCUUACACCUYCUUCCACAUUCUCAUGGAAACCAUCAGCAUCACCACGAAAAGCCUCUGCUUGAUCUGAAAGGCUCUAUGUACAAACAUCUUAUUCUUCAUCGUACAGAUGAGAAUGCUUACCUGGAUUCUACGUGGAAAGGACUUACAGCACUUGGRGGCUUGUACGUGAUGUUUCUAGUGGAGCAUAUGAUCACUUUAAUAAAGCAAUUUAAAGACAAGAAGAAAAAGAAAAAAAGUGAAGAUGAUGGAGAAAGUAAGAAGUUUUCAGCAAAUGAAGAAAAGUUGGAUACGGAUGAUCGGCCUGAGUGCUAUCUAGGGACAGACUGUCAAGAUCCAUCAACCUUCAUGUCUCAGCAGCCAACUGUACAAGAGGAAGAAGAAGUGAUGAUAGCUCAUUCUCAUCAAGAGGAGGUUGACGGUGAAUACGUGUCCAGGAUCUGUAGGAACAAAUGCCAUUCUCACUUGCACGAUACUCUAGGACAGACAGAUCGCCUCAGUCAYCAUCACCACGAUUACCAUCAUAUUCUGCAUCACCACCAUCAUCAGAACCAUCAUCCCCACAGUCACACUCAGCGCUACUCACGCAAAGAACUGAAGGAGGCAGGGAUAGCAACUCUGGCAUGGAUGGUGAUCAUGGGAGAUGGACUACACAAUUUCAGUGAUGGACUAGCAAUUGGAGCAGCGUUUACUGAAGGGUUAUCUAGUGGUUUAAGCACUUCUGUGGCCGUAUUUUGCCAUGAAUUACCUCAUGAGCUAGGAGACUUUGCUGUACUUCUCAAAGCUGGUAUGACUGUCAAGCAAGCUGUGCUUUAUAACGCUCUKUCAGCCAUGCUAGCUUAUCUUGGAAUGGCAACUGGAAUCCUUAUUGGUCAUUAUGCAGAGAAUGUUUCAAUGUGGAUAUUUGCACUUACUGCKGGCUUGUUCAUGUAUGUGGCUCUUGUGGAUAUGGUACCUGAAAUGCUCCACAAUGAUGCCACUGACCAUGGAUGUAGCCGGUGGGGAUACUUCAUGUUACAGAAUGCUGGGAUUCUCCUGGGCUUUGGGAUAAUGCUGCUUAUCUCAGUAUUUGAACAUAAGAUUGUAUUCAGCAUAAACCUGUAAUCCUGGUUGCCRGGAAGACAGCUUGGUAUUAAAUUAUAAGUGGUUGAGGUUUUUUUCUAUUAAUUUCCUUAUUGGAAAGGUACAUUUGAUAUAGACUAGAUAGUUUUAUUGGUGUGCUUUGUUGUUGUGUACUUCCUUAUUGCCUGUUAGAAAGGAACACUGAAAAAUUUGGGGUUUGUUGGGGGCUUUUUGUUUGUUUUUAAUUGUGUGGGUUUUUUUUUAUUUGGGAUUUAGCAUUGCUYAUGGUACUGUGGAAAGUGGUACUUAGUAAAACAUGGCAAAAGUGCCAAAUCUAUAUUGUAUUGUCUGUACUAUUUGGGAGAUUAGGGUGUUUUUUUUUACUAAAUUUAUUUACUGUAUGUAAUUAUAUGUAAUGUCUUUUA